ACUCAGUGGGGUCCUCAGGGCUACUUCUACGCCAUCCAGAUUGCCCAGUAUGGUCUGAGCCAUUACAGCAAGAACUUGACUGAGCGCGCUCCCAACAUGGAGGUUUACGACACAGCCGAGGAGCGGGACAGCAGGGCCAGCACGGCUCCCUGGAGUGUGCCAAAAGGGUGCAGCCUCAGCCGUGUCCACGACAAGACCAGAUCUACCUCUGUGCGUCAGUUCAGCGCUCCGGACUCUUCAGAAGGUGUAUCGCUCCAGUUGGGCAACUCAAGAGACUUCAUCCUCAGCUUAGACAUCAAGUUCACCUCCAACGGCAGCUUGUCUGUGGUCCUGGAAACCACAGAGAAGGGCCCGCCCUUCACCAUCCACUACGUGACCAACACGCAGCUCAUCGCCUUCAAAGACCAUGACGUCACUUAUGGUAUUGGGCCUCGAACCUCCUGGAGCACAUUGACCCGAGACCUGCUGACGGACCUAAGGAAGGGCGUGGGACUGUCAAACACCAAGGCUGUCAAAGCCACAAAGAUCAUGCCUAGACGGGUGGUGCGGUUAGUUCUACACGGGCGUGGCUUCACCGACAACAUAACCAUCUCCACCACGGCCCACAUGGCCGCCUUCUUCGCCGCUAGUGACUGGCUGCUGCGAAACCAGGACGAACGGGGCGGAUGGCCCAUCAUGGUCACCCGUAAACUUGGUGAGGGCUUCCGGCCUCUGGAGCCUGGCUGGUACUCGGCCAUGGCUCAGGGCCAGGCCAUGUCCACCCUGGUGAGAGCCUAUCUCGUCACCAAGAACCAGGCUUACCUCAACGCUGCCCUCAAGGCAGUUGGACCGUACAAGGUGCUGUCAGCGCAGCACGGGGUCAAAGCAGUGUUCAUGAACAAGUACGACUGGUAUGAAGAGUACCCCACCACGCCAAGUUCGUUCGUCCUCAACGGCUUCAUUUACUCCCUGCUGGGACUCUACGACGUGGCUGAGACAGCCGGGGAGAUUCUGGGCCGAGAGGCGGGGCAGCUGUUCAGCCACGGCUUGGAGUCCCUGAAGGCCAUGCUGCCUCUCUUUGACACCGGGUCUGGGAGCAUUUACGACCUGCGUCACUUCAUGCUGGGCACUGCACCCAACCUGGCUCGCUGGGACUAUCACACCACGCACAUUAACCAGCUGCAGCUGAUAGCAUCCAUAGACAACUCCCCCAUCUUCAGGGAUGUGGUCAAGCGCUGGAAGAACUAUUUAAAAGGGGUUCGUGCCAAGCACAACUAGACAAACUGCAAACCGAGCUGAGUUCAGAGGAGAAUCUGUGUGUUCGGUGGACGACUGAGACGUGUGCGACUAAAUG